GUGACUAGUCUACAACCACGACAAUUCCUAUCUUCAAGCCUGCAUACUAGUAAUCAGUACUGUUCUUGCCCCUCUAUACAGAUCAUUGCACACUGAGACGGGAUGCCUUUGCGUGGAACCGACCACACCGAGGAUGUUCGGAGUGACGCAGCCUACUUCAAGACACUUGCGGAUCUGGACGGCUGGGCCACUAAACCUCAUGCUGGUCUAGACGGUGUAUUGCCCUACAUAGCGCGCCCACUGGUCGGAACGGAUGCUUCAUCUCAGAACAGAGGCAAACUUCUGGUGUGCCAUGACUACAAGGGUGGCUAUACUGAAACCCCCUCUGGGCUCGCCUAUACAUUCAACUUCUGGUCCUACUGCGAUACGUUCAUCUAUUUCUCGCACCAUCGGGUAACGGUGCCCCCGGCGGGAUGGAUCAACGCUGCCCACAGGCAGGGUGUAAAGAUGCUCGGGACAUUAAUCUUUGAACAUGACGCUGGGCAGCAGGAUUGCUUGCGGGUCCUUGUCGGUCACCUGCCGCAGUCGAAGACGGGGCCAGCUGCUCCAUCUGCAGACAGCUCAUUUCCCUUGUCGCCACAUUACGCGAAGCUCCUCGCUGAGUUGGCACAUCAACGAGGAUUCGAUGGCUACCUCCUCAAUGUGGAAGUUCCUCUGAUUGGUCGCAUCGAGCAGGCUAGGGCUCUCGCAGCGUGGAUCUCCGUACUCGAAAGCGAGCUCAAGCGGAGGAUUGGCUCGCACGCUGAGACUAUCUGGUACGAUAGCGUUGUCGUCACGGGCGAUCUGCGCUGGCAAGACAGGCUGAACAACUACAACCUGCCAUUCUUCCUUCCGUCGUCUGGUUUCUUCACGAACUAUACAUGGCGGCCCAACUAUCCGUCCCUCACAGCGCAAUACUUCUUCAGCCUAGAUCCCGCCUUGAUGACCGUCCCCAAAACACUCCAGGACAUUUACGUCGGCAUCGACGUCUGGGGCCGCGGCCAACACGGUGGAGGCGGAUUCGGGUCUUACCGAUCCCUUGCGCACAUCGACCCAGAGUUCCUAGGACUCAGCGUCGCCUUCUUUGGGCCCGGCUGGUCCUGGGAGACCGAGCAGGACAAGCCUGGCUUUUCCUGGGAGACGUGGUGGGCGUACGAGCGCAAGCUUUGGAUCGGGCCCGAGACGGAAGGCGAGGCCGUAGAAGUCCCUCCACACAAUCCCCGUGCGGGCGAGCCGGACUGUCAGCACGGCGAGUUUACACCCGUCUCUGCGUUCUUCCCCCGACAGGCCCCGCCCAAUCCCAGGGAGCUGCCGUUCCUAACAUACUUCUCGCCGGGCAUCGGGUACGCUUGGUUUGUGCAGGGGAAGAAAGCGUACGUAACCACAGCUGGUUGGACAGAUCUCGACAAGACAACGACACUAGGUGACCUUGUAUGGCCACGGCCCUCGCCGCAAUGGAUCGAUUCCCAAGAAGCGCUGCCAGUGCCUGCGACGUCGACCUCGCUCUGCUUGACGGACGCGUGGCUUGGUGGUAGCUCGUCAACGGUGAGUGUCCAAUUGCAUCUGCGCGGCCAGCGUGUGAGUGCGGCGUGGGGGCGGGGGCGGGGAUCGUCGCACGGCGGGCGUGGGGAGGAGGAGGAGGAGGUAAUUCCAUUUAGUCACCCCAGCUAAGUACUACCUACGCAGAUGCGCCAGUACAUAGCUCGUGACGGCGUUCACCGAUUAGAUGACAGCUGCGUAUCCGAGAGGCCGCCACUUGUCCACAUCUAACCUACAGUACCCUACUCUCACUAUCACACGAUCACAAUUACAGUCAUACAUGCAGUAUACCUUGGCCCUCUAGCUGCUAGGCUGGGCGGGCAUCAUGGGUAAAACCUGGCAGGAAAAAAUAUGCAAAAGCCUCCAGGCGUCAGUGGCAGUCCCCCGCCACACUGACAUAACUCCCCAUGAUCCAGGUGAUGUAUCUAGUGCUACAGCCGUCCUACAUUGUGUGGAAGGCAUGAUUUGCCCCCAAUGCAUAGUGAGUGCAGGGAAUCCG